ACAGACAGAGUUACUUUCGCAUUUAUAAUAUUAGUUUGGAUUUAAAACAAGAUAGUUAUUAAACAUUUGUUCACUAUAAAUUGCCACUUAAUACGACCAUCAAAUUCUCUGAAUGCAAGUCAUCGUUAGUUCCAAAAACAUACCAAACAUAUACAAUUACUUCAUAGCACAAAACCCUUUGUGCUAUGUUUAAACAAUUUAUUUAGAACAUUAUCACGGGACAACACCGGAAUAUGUAUAAAUUUCAUUAAAGUUGCGAUGCGCGUCACAGCCACAUCCGCGCGUCCGUACGGCGACCGCUACGAGCUUGCUUGUGCAUGGUGUUGUGUAAACCUCUGGAUACAGAAAAUGAUAAGAAACCAGAUGAGGUCCAGCAUCACAGCUUGUGGAAACGGUUCGUCAACCCGAUGUUUGCGUUUGGAGGAGCUUCGGGUAGUGGUGUCAACAGAAUAAGGACUAAGAGAGGCACAGAAGCUGAAUGCGAGCGGCUGGCGCUGUGCAAGCUGCACGCGAGAUCACAACACAGCUUCCUGGCCGCCUUCCAACUUUAUUUCGUCAACAAAGAAAACGCAAGGCUCUGGGACCAUCAACCCCGAUCAAUGGCGGACUGUCAAGAGCGCUACGGAGACUGCUACGAUGAAUAGUUCAUUUACUGCAACAACAACGGAUGGAAACUCUAAAUAUUAUACGUCGCUUCAUUAUAUAUUUAUUACAUUUACAAUUAUAUUGAAUUUGUUUUGUUCCCGAAAUAAUCCCAAAUCCUUCUAAUGCAAAAAGUGUGCAGUGAAGUGUAAUCCGUAUCAUGUAACCUAAAUGUAGAAUUUAGUUCAUGAUCUACGAAAAGGACAAUGCUGAUCUCACAUUCACUGUAUCAAUUUUAUGUCAGUGGCAACCGCUAAUAUAUAGCAACAAUAAUAUUUAAUAACUAUAACGGAUUAGAAUCUUUAUUAAUUUUUACUCAUUCUACCAUUCAUUUGGUACAAUUUUUGAUAUGGUGUACCUAAUGCAGUGUAUCUACCUAUACAGUGUAUCUAACUAAAUAAAGAAAUAUUUAAUUAAGACUGGAUAUAGUUUGAAGUUAACACUAAUUAUAUACCAAAAAUAGAAAAAAAAAAUUUUUACACAAUAGUUUCUGCACGACCCCCAUGCAGACCUUUACUUCAAAAUAUAUUCUUUCAUUCCCCAAUUUGUGUUGGUAUAUUCUACAAUUUAGUGGCAAAACAUAACUGUUUGAUAUGCACGAAGACUACUAUUACUACCAUAGUGAACUCUUUGUAUAGGUAGAGUCGUUAUUAAAGAACAAGAUACAAACAAAACUCCCCACAAUAUCCCAUAUCAAAUCAAAUGGCCACGCAAAUAACCAGCACUUUUAGCAUAAAUCGAAGCUAAGAACCCUUGAUAUUACCGAAGCGCACUUAACUCGAAUAUUGAAUAUUUAUGUGCGCUUUUAUUUGAGGCCCUAUUGGAGUAUAACGGCUUACCGAUUUUUAUUAAACAAGUAGUCUAAGAACUUUCCCACCUAAUUGAAAAUUAACACAAAAAAAAACUAAAUUGAAAUCGCUCAAUCAGUUCGGAAGGUAUGAUAUUAAAAACA